AUGCGUGGAUUUAUUAUUUUAUGCUUGACCGCCACUGCGUUCGCAGCGCCACAAGGCUACAACUACAAUGUGGGUCCAUCCGGCUUUGGAGGUGUAAGCACUGCUUCCGGCUCGUCCGCCUUUUUCCAGAGCGGCCAUCAGGCGGUAGCAGCAGGCCCAGCGCCGCAACAGACAUUCUUCCAACAGCCUGCUCCCGUGCAGGUGGCACAUCAUCAGCAGCAACAGCAGCAAUUGGCCCAUCAGCAGGCCCAGCAGACAGUGGUGUCCAAACGCUUCUAUAUUCACUCGGCGCCCGAGGAUGCUGAUGAGGACUACAAGGAGCGCCACAUAACUGUGGGCGUACCCAAGCGCAACUACAAUGUGGUGUUCAUUAAGUCGCCACAACGCUCCAACAAAAAGACCUCCAUUAAGAUCAGCCCCGCUGUUAAUGAAGAGAAGACCGUCAUCUAUGUGCUUAACAAGAAGGCCGACAGCUCCGAUGUCCAGGCCGAGGUCAUCGAACACGCCUCUUCCACGAGCAAGCCCGAGGUAUUCUUCAUCAAAUACAAGACGAACGAGGAGGCUGCCCAUGCCCAGCAACAAAUCCAGGCUCAAUACGAUGCUUUGGGUGGCAGCAGCCAAAUCACCGACGAGGGCGUCGCUCCAGUCACCUCAGUUAUCGGCGCUCUCGGAGGCGGCGAUGCCCAAGGCGAUGCUGGCGCGGCUGUGGUUUCUAGCAACGCUGUCUACCAGCAUGGCAGCACUGGACCUGCGGCUCAACAGAUUGUCUCGACGGGUUCGCAUGGCGGCAACGCAUACCUUCCACCCAAUUUCUAA